UAGCAAGCCGUUGUCGUGGUUACCGCUUAAAAAAGCGGACAUAACCAAUAGUUGACAGCUGUGGUUGACAGUGAUACCAGAGUGAUACUUGCAAAUGAGUGACAGUUGACUAACAUGUCAAGGCCCAGUGCUUUAUUUUUCUAUUAAAAUCCAGCUAAUUGGAUGGAGCUGAUUGUAAAUAGUGUACUAUCGAGCGGUUAACAGCGCAUAUAAAAUUGCACAACUAUUUUUAGUCGUCGUCUAAAACAUAGCCACGUUGUCUGCCAUCAUGGAAAGGCGCCAGUUUUUGGCCUUCACCACUAUUUGCUUCAUUCUGUUCUGGAACAUUGCCUCGCUUCAAAACACUAGUGUCGUAGUCGGGCACACUAAUGCUACAGUGCCGGUAGUAGCUGGUAAUCUCAGCGUGCCAGUUGUUGCAGUGAAUUCAAGUGACAGUAGUGCUGUGCCUGGAAAUGUGUCUAGUAAAAGUGGACAGCCCACAGUUCCAACCCCCGUAGGGGCUGAUGGGUUGCUGCCAGUCAGUACUGCCACAUCCACCCGAAAUGAGGGAGUAGAGCUGAAUACUACUGCUGUAUUGCCUGAAGCGAAUGCCACCAAGAUCAACGUGACCUCAACAACGCAAUCCGUGGAUCCAGUGCUACCGGAUAAAGAGGCUGCAGAAGAUGAGCACAACAGCUCCAUGGCCAUUUUCUUCGUGCUUUGCGUGCUGGCAUUGGGUAUAUUGCUAAUUCAUCUCAUGCUCCAAACAGGGUUCCAGUAUGUGCCCGAAAGUAUCGUCAUCGUGUUCUUGGGGGCUUUGAUCGGUCUAACAAUGAGCGCUCUGUCGAACAGAAACAUCAGCAACUGGAGAAAGGAGGAGGCUUUUUCACCAACGGCGUUUUUCUUGAUCCUCCUGCCGCCCAUUAUCUUUGAGUCCGGCUACAACUUGCACAAAGGGAACUUCUUUCAAAACAUCGGCUCUAUUCUAGUGUUUGCCAUUGUUGGCACUACAAUUUCCGCUUUUGUUAUCGGGUUUGGCAUCUAUUUCUUAGGGCUGGCUGAAGUGGUUUACCAGCUCAGCUUUGUAGAGUCGUUUGCUUUCGGUUCCUUAAUCUCAGCAGUUGAUCCUGUGGCGACUGUAGCGAUUUUUCACGCUCUCAACGUGGAUCCCAUCUUGAACAUGCUGGUGUUUGGCGAAAGCAUACUAAAUGACGCCAUUGCCAUUGUUUUAACCACUGCUGUCCUUGAGUCCAACAACCCCUUAAUGAGCACGGGAGAAGCGAUCAUUUUAGGCAUUGAGAACUUUUGUCUCAUGUUCUUUGCCUCGGCAGGCAUCGGAGUGAUUUUCGCGCUUGUCAGCGCCUUGCUCUUAAAGCAUGUGGAUCUCAGGAAAAACCCGUCAUUGGAAUUCGGAAUGAUGCUGGUUUUCACCUAUGCGCCGUAUGUAUUAGCUGAAGGCAUCCAUCUUUCAGGAAUCAUGGCCAUUCUAUUCUGCGGCAUUGUAAUGUCGCACUACACCCAUUUCAACCUAUCCACUGUUACUCAAAUUACCAUGCAGCAAACCCUGAGAACUCUGGCCUUUAUUGCUGAAACCUGCGUCUUUGCCUAUCUAGGCCUAGCCCUGUUCAGCUUCAAGCAUCGAGUGGAACCGGCCUUUAUCGUCUGGAGCCUGAUUCUUUGUCUAAUUGGGCGGGCUUGCAAUAUCUUCCCAUUGGCCAUUCUGGUCAAUCGGUUCCGCGAGCACCAAAUUACGAAGAAAAUGAUGUUUAUCAUGUGGUUCAGCGGUUUGCGCGGGGCCAUCUCAUACGCACUAUCGCUCCAUUUGAACUUCAGUGACGAGACGAGGCACGUUAUCAUCACCACCACUUUGAUCAUUGUGCUGUUCACCACCUUGAUAUUUGGCGGGUCCACCAUGCCUCUGUUGAAGUUCAUGCAGGCGACGAAAAAUCCGGCCAAGAGGCAGAAAAAACGGAAGAGGGACCGCGAGGUGACGCUGAGUAAAACGAGGGAAUGGGGCCAGGCUUUGGAUUCUGAACAUCUAUCUGAAACAACCGAGGGCGAGAUGGAGGUGUCCUUUGUUUCGGCCAGAAUUAAGGGAUUUGCCAAGUACGAUCUCAAGUACCUGAUACCCUUUUUCACCAGGAGGUUCACACAACAGGAACUAAAGGAUUGCAAAAGCCAAAUGACCGACCUAACUAACCAAUGGUACCAAGCCAUUAGGAUAUCGCCAGACCAAUCAGACGAGGAGACGGGCUGCGCCACUGGAAGGUCCAGUAUAUCCAGCAUAGUUCGCUGACCGUCUUCAAAGUGCAAUUCCGAAAAAUUACCAUUGGUUGCAUGUUAGGAUCCCUUAUGAAUAAAGUAAGCUCUUUCAUUAUUUUCCAUUUUGAGUCGUUUGCGAACGGCGUGCCAAAAAUCAAGUUAGUAAUUUUAGAUAAUUCGACAAAAAAGCAGUUUGUUAACUAGUCUGGUUGGUUAAGGUGGGCCAGACUUUAAUCCCCAACAACCUAAUUGCAUUUGAAUCAAGGUACAUGUUGUAGAUAAGGUGAUAUUCAUUCUGUGUUAUUUAGUUGUGGUAUUCUUUAAACUUAGGCGCACUAGUUGAUUGGAAAAAAAUAAGCGAACAGCGGGGGUCUGUUGAGUUACGAGCUUAACGCUCCAAAGUACUUAUCUAUUUACAUUUUUACAUAUACUUAUCUAUUUAUUUAAUAGUUAAUUUCAAAUCGCCAAAAAAUACCUUGGUUUAGAUCAAUGUUUUGAGCAGCUACCACGGGUAUUGCAUGAACCGUUGAUAGUAUUAUUUUUGCGUUGUUUGCACACCAUCCAAAGAAACUUCAUCAACAGCCUUUUUAAUCAGUAUCAACAUGAACUAGUCAAUGGAUGUGGCACAAAUUGGACGUUUUAAAAAUUGGAUUAGGACUGUUUGUGAUAAAUUUCGAAACGUUGGAGUUGAAAAUGUUUUAUUUAAUAAUAUGUUGCUUUAAAUAAAAAGUGUUAAUAUA